AUGGCUCGUCGACGAACUAGCAGUCGUACAAGUAAAUCAUCAGAAUCCCAGGAAAAGGUGGAAGAACUAGAAACAGAUCAGCAGAAUAGCGAGCCGAUAAAGACUGAGAAAACAAAGCAUUUGAACAAAUCUGAAAUCGAUCCUGAAGUGGCGAAAUUGAUAAAUGAGAUAUAUGAAUUGCAUUUGAAACUGUUCGGGGAAGUUCUAGCUGCGCCAUCUCCUGCUGACACACCUUUAAGAGAAGAAUAUCGAAUGUUAUACCAUGCCGUUCAUAACGUUGAGAAAAUUUGUGUCAAAGCUGUAGAGAAGAUUCGCAAAGAAAAAAGAUACCAGAAAAUCAGAGCGGGCGCCCUUUCUAGUAUGGAAACUGUUUUACAAGAAGCUGAGGGAAAAAUUAAAGAUCUACAGGAAGCAACUAAGAGGUACAAGUAUGAUGAUCCUCAACAGCGAUCCGCUUUAUCGUUGAUGGAGAUCCGAUUUGAAGAGUUAGCGUUAGACAAUUGCGGGUUCGAUGAUUCAGAUGAUGAAAACAACGUAGGAGGGGAAUCCUCAAAUACACUCGACAAGUAUUCCGAGUGCGCAAGUGAGAGUUACCUGAAUGAGCUUGUACUUAAAGAAACAGAUGAGCUGUUCCGACAAAAGGAAACUCAUGCUAAAGAGCUAGAGAAAAUCAGGAAUGAAGAGAGGCGCGUUGAGAAAGAGCUAGCAGCUAUAGAACGACAAAUAACCAAAGUCAGAAAAGUUUGUAAAUAUGGUACAAUAGCUGAAGAGGUUUGGAUGGCUAAACCAAAUGAUAUUGAUGAUGCUUCUCAGGAAUGA